CCAGGUAUUCGGGUCCAGAUGAGAUGGAACGUGUACGCAUUCAAUUGCGAUGCUUGCAGUUUCGAUACGAAUACGACAACUCCAGGGAGGAAUUAGUGCGAGAGGGGUUGAAAUCUGGGGAUUGUUAUACGAAUACGCUAUUGACCUCAAAUAUUCCAACUCAUAAACCGGUAUAAAGUUAGCUGGGGAUCUGAUAUCUCAUCUCUUGAUAUCUAGAUGUUCAAAUAAAUCGAGCACGAAAAAUCGAACCCGAAUUUACAGCAUUUGUCCGGACGCUCGAAAGCAAGAUGGCGGACAAGUUGCAAGGAACAACCGUUCUAGUUACCGGUGGCGGCGGUGGUUUAGGCAAGGUAAUCGCAGCAGCGUACUUGAACGAGGGGGCCAACGUUGUCGUCUGCGAUAUCCACGAAGAGCGAUUGCAACAAUUCCGAGACGAGUCAGAGGCGACGGGACGCUUCGUCGCCAUCAACACCGAUGUCACCGACGAAUCUGCGGUCAAUAAACUCGUGGACACCACCGUGGCUAAGUUCGGUCGCCUGGAUAUCGUCGUUAGUAAUGCUGGCAUGACAGACAAGUUUGACGCGGUUGGUUCGUUGAGCAAAGAGAACUGGGACAAGAUUAUCAAUCUUAACUUAACGGGUUCGUUCUUAAUCUUCAAGGCUGCUGUGAAUGCCAUGGAGAAGCAGUCGCCGUCCGGAGGUACCAUUAUUCAGAUCGGGUCUACGGCUAGUUGGUACGGAACCGCGGCGGGAGCAGCCUACACAGUCAGCAAGCACGGCGUAGCUGCCCUCGUAAAAAACACAGCAGGAUUCUACGUGGCGAAGGGCAUUUACGCCAUGGGACUUAAUGUCGGUGGCAUGAUCGACACUAAUAUUCAGGACGGCUUCAAGACGCUUGGUGGCUUCAACACAGAGACGUUCGCACUGAGUAUCUCGUCCACUUUCAAGCCCGAGCAAGCCGUCCAACUUAAGGAUGUCGCAAAGUACUGCGUAUUUUUGGCCGAUAGAGACAUCGCCGCGACGGUCACCGGCUCGAUGAUUAACUUUAAUAAGAACAUGCCGAAGGCGUGAUUCUUGAUGGGUGUUGGUUACCUAGGUACCUAUGGAAGAAUGCGGAUUGGGGGUUGCCAUGGAUGGAGGCAUAACGUCAUUGGAGUUGGUGGGGGGUGCUGUGUUGAACUCUUGCCGCCGGGAAAAGUAGGGUUGGCUGUUUGCAUAGAGUUGAAAAGUUCAUGCGCCAGCGACAUCUUGAAGCUGCCAUAAAGCUUCAAUGAAUGUCCCCGGCGCCUAGCGCGAAGCGUGUUUCACCGCUCGGGAUGGGGACCAUCCAUCUUGGCCGAGUCCCCUUACAAUUAACGAAAUCUUCCUGAUAACAUCCUGAUGACAUCCUUAUGCUAUGUUUAGAACGCAGGAAUUGAUCUGGGUAAAUCUAGAUCGCAAUCGUUAUUAAUAGCGAAUAGAGAAGUUGAAGUUGUUAAAACGGCCCUGUAAAUCGAUAAACUGGGGGGCUGAAUGCUUCUGUAUUUG